AUUUUUAUAACCUAAAACAUUUUUCAUUAUUGUAAUAUGUAAGCAGUGCCUCCAUAGUAUCUUUCUGUUCGAAAAGGUUCUGUAACAUUGUUUAUUUAAUAGAAAUUGCCUCUUGGUUAUUGAAUAUUAUAAGUUCGCUCUAUUUAAGCUAAAAUGGGUCGUGUUAGAACGAAGACUGUCAAAAAAGCUGCACGAGUCAUAAUUGAAAAGUAUUACACUCGGUUGACAUUAGAUUUUCAUACUAAUAAGAGAAUAUGUGAGGAAAUUGCUAUUAUACCAACUAAACCCUUACGGAACAAAAUUGCUGGUUUUGUAACUCAUCUUAUGAAAAGAUUAAGAACCAGUCAAGUUCGAGGUAUUUCUAUUAAAUUACAAGAAGAAGAACGUGAACGAAGAGAUAACUAUGUACCAGAAGUGUCUGCCCUUGAACAAGAUGUUAUUGAAGUAGAUACUGAAACUAAGGAUAUGUUAAAAAUGCUCGAUUUCCAAAACAUAUCAGGUUUGCAACUUGUCCUUAGUUCUGGAACUCAAUAUCCAAAACGGAAUUAAAACUUGUAAUGUAAUUAUUGUAAUACCAUUAAUUUCAUUAAUACAGUUUUUUCCCAGA